AUGUCAACAAGAGUAGAUCCUCUGCUGGCCGCAUUCAUAUCUUCCUUCCGCGAGUUACCCAGCUGCAAAAAAGAAAGUGCAAUAAUAAGAGAGAAGCGCAAGAUGAUUCCUUCAAACGGAUCGGAGCCCUACAUAAGGCACUCCAAUGUACUGAAGUCUAUAUAUAUGAAGAUGCUUUCCUAUAAGGUCAAUGAGAUCGACUUCUUGAAUGCAUGUGAGUCUGACAUUCUAAGGAUAAAGACUGCAGGAUACCUUGGGCUAAUGGCUAUGGAAGGCAAUGAGCAUGUUAUCAUGGCAAUAAAUACAAUCAUGAAAGACUUGAGAAAGAGAGAGACGAGAAACGAUGCACUGACUUCGAUCUGUAACCUUAGCAAUGAUGGACAUGCUCUUUCUAACCUCAUGGGACAUGUUUGUCCAAAUGGAAAAGGAGACCCAUUUCAUAAGAAAGCAUUGGUAGCAUUCUUUAGGCUGAAUCCAGAUGCAAGGGUCUCUGUUAUAAGCCAAGACUCAUCUGAAGUCUAUGUCAAGUCCCAGAUCAUAGUGGAUAUCUUCAAGAAAACAGAGAGGAUUGACCUUACUGAAAACGAUAUUCUAUUUCUCCUUUCACUCUUUAUGAAAAGCAGCGAUCCCUUUCUUAAGAUAAAGCUUCUGCAGAUAUUUGGAAUACUCCACUCAAAAAAUCAGCUUACUCCAGACAAAAGCCUUCUGGAUUCAAUUGAAGGAGCUAUAAUCCCACCCCAAGACAAAGUGCGCCUGCAAGCGGAAAUAGCAUUAGCCAUUGAAGCUGCUGAAUUCUUAUUGAAGGUUGGCAAAGAAACCCCAAGGGUCGAGACAUUCAUUCUCAGACUUAUUGAGUCGCAGAAUCCCAACUCAAGGUACUUUGGGUUUAGAAUGGUGAGAAAGUACAAGAUUCAUAGGAGCAUAGCUAUAGAUUGCUGCAUAAAACUUGGGCUUCAUCGUGAUCAAUGCCUUGAUACGCUUAUUUCUCUUAUAACAAGAAACAACCACAAGUCAAUAUAUAGAAAGAGGGAGGAAAUGAUAUUCUACAUGGAAAAGAGAGGCGCUAGUAAACAAGCGAUAAACACAUCACUAGCAGCUGUGUUCUCAAAGCUCACACAGUAUGUCAAAGACGAACUUUUGAUAAAAAUGUAUCAGGAGAUCCCAGAGGUAUGCUUAAAGACUCCUCUUGACAAAAAUAUUCCAAAAGGAUAUGUGCUAAAGCUGUUCAAAAAAGUCUGUGUGACUGUUAACUGUAGGUAUUUCCCUUUGAUAUACCAGCUCCUACAGCCAGGAAUGGGGAACGAGGAGCUUUACACUGCUAUAUUUGAAAGGCACCUGAACAUCUUGACUAUAAAAAGAACCCGGGGCUGGGAAACCACUAUCUUAGCAAAGCUCCUUGAUUGCAUGUUGAACUUUGGAGUACUAUCUCGUAAUCGGGACAUUCUAGUUUCAAAAUACAAGGAGGUUUUGAAAGAGAGAGACUCCUCAGACAUACUUGAUAUGCUACUAAACACAAUAUACCUGCUCAAUGCUAGGCUUGAAGACCGUACGAUCCAUAUUACCUCAGAGCAUUUCAUUUACUUCGCCUUUUCUGGAAGCCACAGCGUAGAGCUUAGAAUGGAACUGAGCCUAGAAGUAGAGUCUUUAACCAGCGGAGAGCUAGAUAUAGAGAAGACAUAUGAAAGGGUUUCUGACGGCAUUAGGACCCUUGCCUACUAUAUAGAAAAUGCUUCUGGGCUGAAGUUAAAUGUUUCAGUGGGCAGCCAAACCUAUGCACUAGACUUGGAAGUGUGA